AUGGAUCCUGAACAUUCUGAUCUCUAUUCUUACACUUUAAAAUCCACCCAAGCCGCCAGUCCGCGGUAUCCGCAAUCGCUUGCGCCAGGAGUUCGUGGGAAUGCGUUGAAGAUCGCAUAUAGAAAGUAUAUGGCGUCCAGAUCACCGCCUCCAAAAGCUGUUGUGGUCAAUCUCGUGUUCAUGCACGGAACAGGAAUGAACAAGGGUGUCUGGCAUUACCACAUUGACCAAUUGUACCAGAAAUGUUGGGCCGUGGGAGUUCAUGUGAAUAUGGUGUUGGCUAUGGACGCAGCGAACCACGCAGACUCGGCCCACCUCAAUAAGGGCAAGCUCGGAAAGGUGUUUGACUGGCGAGAUCUGUCAUACGAUGGAAUCAAGAUGGCGGAAGCUGAAAGUGAUGAGCUAUUAGCAGGAAACAAGAAUGUGUUGGUGGGCCAUUCCAUGGGAGGCUUUGUGAGUCUCUACAUGACGAUUCUUCGUCCAGCGCUUUUCGAUGCGUUAGUGAUGCUCAAUCCCGUGUGCUAUAAGAUAAUUGAGUCGCCUUAUUACCCAUUCGUCGCGUGGGAGAGCAAAGGGUACAUGGAAACGGAAUUCAAAUUGAAGAGCCCCGAGAACUGGAAAGAGCAUGUGUUCAAGUAUAUGCGCAAAAGGUCAUUUUUCCGCGAGUUUGACGACAGAAUUCUCGAGAACAUGAUGGCGGACGAUAUGCCAGAGGGACCAGUCCAAGAGGGAGACGAGUGGGUUGUUCGGUUGAAGACUUCGAAGAUCCAGACACUUAUCACGUAUUUUGGAGCGUCAGAGGCUUUGCUGAUCAUUCCAGACAUAUACUCAUCGUGCCAUGUUCCGGCCUAUCGUAUCUUGGGCAGUUUGGAUACCACCACGGAGGAAGUCCAGAACAAAUUGGCCAGAGCACUUCCACAAAUGCAGACAUACUUUUUGAAGGGGGAGAAGCAUAUUGUCCAAGGAAUCCAUCCAGAUAUAUUUGUUGAUUGCAUGACAUCCAUUUUGAUGGAUGUGAAGGAUAAACCCAAGCCAGUGUACCCGAUUGUUGAUCCAGAUCAACGGCUGAAAUUAUAA